AUGGAGCUGACUUCAGGAAUGUGGUGUAUACAGGUCACGGAGCACCCUGCCACUGGCAGUAUGCUUACCACCAGUCAUGGGUAUCAGCCACGGCCAUGGCAAAACACCCUUAGGGUCACGACUCAAGAUGGUUUAUCUGUUAAUCGCCCAGGAUCACGCAGUCUGACACCAGUUUCAAUGAGUGAUCAGUGCCCAUCUCCUGCUCUAACUUGUCUCAGUGCAAAGUUGGCAACAGGCAGUCGCCAACCAUCACCACUUAGUAUCACUGCUGGCCAUGAUGAUGACAGCAACGGUAGGAAUAGUAUCCCUGAGGGAUUAGCACAAGGCCCAGCCAGCGGCAGCAGCAGCAGUGAUAUCAAGUUCAACAGUCCAGGCUUGGUCCUAUCUAGCCAAAUUGGUUCCCUCCAAUCCUGUGAGGAUGUCAAGGAGGAGAAACUGGUCCAUGUUGGCCAUACCAAGGCAGUCCUGAGGAAGAACAUGAAGAAGGACCCCCUGCUAAACUCCAUUUUUGAACACAUACAUGCUGACUUCUACUUGCUUGCAAUAACAGAUGACCUCUUUAUAGAAAAUGUUGACUGUAAUAUGGUUGUUCAGAGACUUGCCCAAGACAUGUUCUGCAGAUCCGGAAUUCCACCGUUUGAGAUACAGGAUAGUAUAGUCGCUACUCUUGCCCGUGACAUUAAGUCAUGGAGGUCUAAACUCAAGAAACACCUUGUGAACAUAGUUCCUUCCUUCUAUGGAGUGGGACCUGGUGUAGAUGGGAGUACUGUCCAAGAGAUUGUCAGGCUCUCACUCUCCAAUUCAAAUUUUGCCUUUCGCUCAUACAGUUUGGACCCUGGUAAUCCCCAAUCUGGUGCAUUGGAGCACCUGGCUAUCAUGGCAGUUCUAGACUAUACCUUUGCAUUGAAGGAGCUCAAGCCGAAUUUCCCUAUGGCACACUGUCAGGGCAUGGACAGUUAUCUGGCUGGCCCGGACCCCUAUCCGGAUAGGUUGAGUACCUGUCUUCCAGUAUUCAGUUAUGCACUAACAAUGAUCAAAUAUAUUCUAAACCAGUAUAAGUCGGGAAGUCUCGCAGACCCCCAGCAGGAGUUCAGUUCCUCUGAGUAUUCUGAGGAGUGGGCAAAGAUUUUGAGGUCCCUCAAUGAGUGGCGAAUGAAACCAAAUUGCAUCGAUGAUUGGAAUUGGAUCUCCAAUGAAUAUGGCAAGAGAGCACUUGCAAAGCUUGGAUUUACCAACAUGGAGAGUACUUUUGUCAUUUUGGACACCGAUUAG